AUCAAUUCGAUUGAAAGGUAUUAACUGUAAUUUUAAAAUCGAUGAUGUAAUUGUAAACAAUCAGUGCUUCCAAUAUUCUUUAAAAUAUACCCACCAUAUCCAUCCCACUAAUCCCACUUGACAUUUACCCACUUGACUCUGUAUACCAGAAACCAAAACUAAUGGAUGUGCGAUUCAUAACCUCAAAUUCUACAUCACAUCAUUCGAUGCAGUGGGAUCAGUAACUCGUUGGAAGCAAGGUUAUGCUUGAUUAACACAUUUGUAUUUUAAUAAUAUAAUAAUUUUUAUACAUUUUGUAAAUUAAAAUAUGGAAGCUAUUUGGAAUAAAAUUUAUAUUGAACGGCCGCCAAAUAUUACGUGGCGUAUUAAAGCUCAGAAAUUUGAUAUCAAAGGACUUAAUGCGACUUUACAACGUAUUAUUAAAGAUUUAGGAGCCCAAAAUGAUCUCCACAAAGAAGCAGCAAUAUUAAGCAGAGUUAUUUACCGAAUGAAGUGUAAAUUUCGCAAUGACAAGGGUUUUAAGAACAUGGAAAAAGUAAAUAGAGCUUUACUUAAUUAUUUAAAUUUAGCCCUUGAAAAAGAGUACAAAAAUUUUAAAAGUAACAUCGAAUUAAACGGUACAUUCGUUACAUUGCCGAGCAAACAAAUGUUGGAGUAUAUCCUUGUCAAAACUCAAGGUUUCGCGAAGCUUUUAGCAAGAGUUGAGGAAGUCACAAAGAAUGCUGGCAUAUUUUUACGAUCCCGCGUUGCCUUGGGUCAUGCGUGGACUAUUACGCUUGUAGCAUAUGCAGUCAUAAGUAGAAUUUGGGUAUUGUCAAAAAAUUUAGUCAGAAAGUCUUGCAUUUGGUAUAACAGCCUCCAUCGAUUCUUGAAUACGUUCCAAACAGUUGGUCUUCCUUGGCUUUCCAAAAAUGACACCUUACCGGUUAAUCUAAAAUCAUGGCUUGCUUUACCAUGGCUCGAUGAAAAUGAAUCAAGCAUCGACGAAGAAAAUAUUUUGAAGGAUAAAAUGUUUAAAUUAAUUGAAUUUCAAGAGGAUAACUUAAAUAAGGAUUUAAAUUCCGAUUUGAUAGAAACCACUGAAUUGAUCUCCGACGUAUCAGAAAAUAUUUCGAAACCUAAUGUUUCAAAGAAUGUUGCCGAACUCUCCAUUCAUAUGAGUGAUGAUCUCGGAGAAAUUGUUGAUCGUUCAAGCUGUGCAAUAAAUUUCAAAAAAAGAAAACACAAAGAAACAUCAUUGAAAGAACAAAAACAAUCGGUAAUUGAUCAAAAACACGAAAGUGAUGAUACUAAACAAAUGAUUGAAUUAAAAUCUAAUUUUAAGAAACAGAAAAUAAUGGAAGACAAAAAUUGUUCUUUAAUUAGCAAUAGUGAUAUUGUAAUAGAUCAAUUGGAGCCUAAAGUAAAAAAGAAAAAAUGUAAAAAGAAAAAGAAAUCGACUGAACCAUAUGAUAAAACCUCCAAUGAAAACGUCGUUUUUAAUUUCGAUAAUAUGACAAAAUCAGAUUUGAUUAGACUCUUACAAAAGGACCAUUAUCAAGGAAUGGACAAACUGCAGUGGAAUAUUAUUAAGAAACAGUGUAAUAAAUUACUGAAGCAAUCGAACAAAUGUACCAAAGAGAAAAAUGAAUUAUUAGUUAGGAAAGCAAUAAAUAUUAUACGAGGGAAACAAUUUAAGUAA